AGGGUAUUUCGUAACAGAGUUGAACCGGAACUGAGAGACGUAAAGACCGAGCAUGAACCGAGUGUGACCGAGCGGAAGGUCUUCAUUCUCUUCCGAUCCAUCGUCGGGGACGGGGACCCACUCGAUCGUAUCCUCAUCACUCCCGUCAAAGAAACCUUGCGGGAUGGGUGGGGCAAUCACCGUCUGGGCGACGCAGAGGACCUCACCGGUGUAAAUGUUGGAGCAGUCGCUCUCGAUCUGGGGGUUGUUGAGCAUGAGAAUCGUAGAGUUGAGCCCAUAGGUCGCUCCGAUCGAACCACACGAAUCAUUGUUCUCAACGACGUGACUGAACGGAUUGUUAUCCCGUACAGAGAGAAUCCGGAAUCCGGCGCAGCCACCACGUAUCCACCGCCCAACCGCCUUCCAAAAACAGUCAAAAAUAAACAAAUACUCACAGAUAGUAGAACCAGGUUGGAGGUUUCCGCAGACGGCGUCAAUGGAUUCGGAAUUGACGGCGGCGAGCUGCCAGUACCGCUGUUAAAAAAAAGAACAGAAGCGUCAGCGUUCGUUGUCAUUCGGGAAGCAGAUUUGAUGGGAUUGCAAAGUUUGGGCCUUUCCACGCCACUUUUGGAAACCGGGCCCGGAAGGAAAUAUUGGAUGCGAGAGGGGAAUGGCCGACGUACGGGAAACAAGGAAAAGAGCAGCAACAGCGGCAGCAGAAAUGGUAGCAGUAGUAGUAGUUGGUUUGGGGAAUGGAACGUUCAGAGACAGAAAGGAGAGACUGCCUUUGAGGAUGGGAGGGGAGAGAGAGACACGGGAGGGUUCAAC